AUGGAGUAUAAUUGUCUGAAUAACACUUCAAUCACUACCUCACAUUUGGAUAUCACAUGUGACAAUAGAAAAAAUACAAACUUAUACAAGUUAUUUUUUGUUGAACUAGACGAUAAACCUAGGGUCUGUCAAUUUUACGACAAAAUAGAGCACACGAUCUGCCACGAGAUAUUAACUUUUAAGGAUGAAAAACUCAAACAGAAAAAUGCAGCAAGGGCUUCUCAGCAUCAUAUGAAUAACAAACAUGGCGUUUAUAUAAACGAUACUUCCGCGGUUUUCUCGUACUUAUGUCCAUCAAGACCUAACGUUAAACGUUUAGAAAAAAAGUUGAACAUUCAAGGAAGAAAGAGAAAAGUUCAGCAAACUUUGACUAAGGCUAUUAAAAGGGCAGCACAAAAUAAGUCAAAACACAUCAUUAAACCUAGAAGCGUAUUUGAUGAUCUUGUAUCAUUGGCUGUUAUGUCCGGACUGAGUCAUUCAUUUUUUGACUCCAGAUUCUUCAAAUAUUUUGUGGCCAAGUAUUUUCCAGAAUGUAAGGGUUUGUUGGAUAGAAAGAAAGUUUCAAAACAUAUCAAUGCAUCUGGGACUAUGGUGAGAAAUGCUUCUUCUGUGAUAGGUGCAACCGAUUCGUUCAAAGGAGACAAAAAUUAUCCCUUUUUCGAUUCUCACAACGGUUGCGCUGUUCAUCAGAUCCAAUUAUUUGCAAAGGAUUUAAUAGAUGAUAUUAUGGAGAACUUAGAUCCAAAUACAGAAACUGUAAUGUCAACGAGUGCUGCAGAAGACAUUGAAUCAGCUCCUCAAAGUUGCUCACCAAACGUUGUUCAACGUCCUAUCAAUUUAUCAACACGGCUGAGAAAUUGUUCCAGUUUGCAGAGAAAUUUCAGGUUUUAUGUGACAUCACUACCGCCGCUAUACUGUAACACCAGGUGGAACUCAAUUUUUUACUUGUUGGAACAUCUUUUGAAAAAUUUGGACGAAUACAAAGAUUUCUAUAGAAAUUUAGAUAUCGUUGAUGAAUCAUUUUCCAGCUUUAGCGAAUCAGACCUUUCAACUGCCAAGACCCUUUUUAAAGGAUUGGCACCCUACGAAUCAUUGACGAAGCUACUAUCUUUGAACAAACCUGGUAGUAUCUGUCAUUUCUCAUUAUUAAUGUACUGCCAGGAGAUAGCAUUGGUACAAGCUAACAAAUUAAGCGAGAUUUUGGGGAGACCAGUCAAAUUUCAAAAGUUUGAAGCGAAGUUUGAAAAAUACUUUGCUAAAACUUGUGCUCCAAAGUGUUACAUUCAUCUGAUAAGUGCGCUGUUUCAUUAUGACGGUAUGAAAGUUGUCGAAUUUUCAAAAACUAUACCGGUUAAUCCAUAUUCUGAACUGGCCGACCUUGCAUUCAGAAUACUGAAUAUUAAGUUGACUGGAAAUGAAUGUGAAGCAGGGAAUGCUAUUUCGACGAACGGGUGUUCCGAUUAUGCGAGAAUGAAAUAUGUGGAAGGGAUCUCCUUUGAAGACGAUUAUUCAGAAGUGCAAUUGACACUAUCGAGGACUUUGAAAGAGUCGUAA